CCUCUUCCUGCCUCCGCUCCGGUCCCUGCCCUGCCGGGCAAUGAAAAGCUGCUUCUGCCUGAAACGGGGGAGCCGCGACCAGCCGCCGCCAGCGCCCCGGGCAACAGAUCAAUCCACAAUGCCAGAGGUUAGAGAGCUCACCGAUGCUUUGCCCAACGUGCCCAUGGACCCCAUCACCGGCGUCGGCGUCGUCGCCUCCCGGAACCGAGCCCCUACCAAUUACGACGUCGUCACACAAACAGCAGAUGGCUUAGAUGCUGACCUUUGGAAGGACGGCCUCUUCAAAUCCAAGGUCACGCGGUACUUAUGUUUCACACGGACUUUCUCCAAAGAGAAUAGUCACUUAGGUAAUGUCUUGGUUGACAUGAAACUCAUAGACAUAAAAGAUACUUUACCCGUUGGUUUCAUUCCAAUUCAAGAAACUAUGGAUACACAAGAAACAGCUUUCCGGAAAAAGAGGUUGUGUAUUAAAUUUAUUCCACGGGAUUCCACGGAGGCUGCCAUUUGUGACAUCCGCAUCCUGGGCCGAGGCAAACAGACUCCUCCACAGUAUACAUAUAUCGGGGAAUUGAACAACAUGGGUAUCUGGUAUCGGAUGGGGAAGGUCCCUCGAAAUCACGAGUCGUCUCAGCCCACCACACCUUCUCCACAGGCACCGGCCACAACACCAGCUGCUAACCUUCCAAGGCAUAUAUCGUUGACACUUCCGGCCAGCUUCCGAGGGAAAGGACAUGGCACUCGGCCAGAUUUUGAGUAUCAGCACUCCAAUUUAUAUGCGAUUUCAGCGAUGGAAGGUGUUCCUUUUAUGAUCUCAGAGAAGUUUGCCUGUGCUUCUGAAGGGAUGCAACCUGUUGACCUCCUGGGCAUCACGAUUAAAUCUUUGGCUGAAAUUGAAAAAGAGUAUGACUACAGCUUCCGGACUGAGCAGAGCGCCGCAGCAAGGCUCCCUCCCAGCCCCACCAGAUGCCAGCAGUAUCCGCCCUCCUGAAAUCUCUCAACUCCUUGGAGUCUAACGCACACGUACUACUGAGAAGCGAAAGGAUCCUCCUCCUCGCUCUGUAACCUUUUCCCCAGCCCCUCCUGCCCCCGACAAGCAGUAUUAAUGGAGGCCCUUCCAGCAGAAGGGACAUGAAGCAUUGGUUUUUGUUCUUCCUCUCUCUAUUGGUCCCUCCCCCCCCCCCUUUGUACAAAAU